AAGCUACAAAUAUAUGCGAGCAGAGAGAGAGCGUGCAGGAGCAGGAUGAGCGUGUUUUCUGCAUGGAGAGCAGAGCAGUGCGUUUGAGUGGGACAUGGCAAACGGAGGGGACCAGUUCGGCCUUGCAGAGCGUCCGGACUCGGACUGCAUGGAUUCCCCAAAAGAGAGCAAACAGGAAAAUCCCAGCUACACCUUAAACUCACCAGCUUCACCGCAGACAGCCUCCAGCCAGCAGGCACCGGCCUGCACCGCGGAGCAUAAUGGGAUGGAGGGAAUCAAAGUUUUCCUUCAUGACAGGGAACUUUGGACGAAAUUUGAUGAAGUGGGAACUGAAAUGAUCAUCACCAAGGCUGGAAGGAGGAUGUUCCCCAGCUACAAAGUGAAGGUCACAGGACUCAACCCAAAAACCAAGUACAUACUCCUGAUGGACAUAGUGCCCAGGGAUGACCAUCGCUACAAAUUCGCGGACAAUAAAUGGUCUGUAACGGGAAAGGCAGAGCCCGCGAUGCCCGGGAGGCUCUACGUUCAUCCAGACUCUCCCGCCACCGGGGCGCACUGGAGCCGCCAGCUCGUCUCUUUUCAGAAGCUCAAACUCACCAACAACCACCUGGACCCCUUUGGACAUAUAAUACUCAACUCCAUGCACAAAUACCAGCCUCGUCUUCACAUUGUCAAAGCGGAUGAGAACAACGGCUUCGGCUCCAAAAACACGGCCUUCUGCACCCACGUCUUCUCAGAGACUGCCUUUAUCGCUGUGACGUCCUACCAGAACCACAAGAUUACACAGUUGAAGAUAGAGAAUAAUCCUUUUGCCAAGGGCUUCCGAGGCAGCGACGACAAUGAGCUGCACCGCAUGGCCAAGCUACAAGGUAAGGACUACCCUGUGGUCCCUCGUAGUACUGUCCGUCAGAGAGCCUGCUCCACCGGGAGUCCAUUCAGUGGGGAGGGUCAGGGUCUGCAAAGUUCCCCCGAAGUCGCCGGGUCCCCCUAUAGCUGCGAGAACGGCUUGAGUGGCAGCAGUCCCCAGGAGCUGCUGAGCUCUCCCCCUGCACACUACAUACUGCCUCACCCUCAUCUGCAGCACGGCCAACAGCCGCAGGUCUACCACUGCACUAAGAGGAAAGUGGUGGAGAACUGCUCUCCAGGAAACCGCCAGCACCCGUACAAGAAACCCUUCACUGGUAGCUCACCAAGUGAGGGCGAGUCUUACUAUCACCCCUCCUCCUACCCUCCUCCUCCACCCGGUCUAUCCAACAACCCUGCCCUGGGUCUCACUGACUCCCCCUACAGCUCAGACAUGGGACAGCGUCAGGCAUGCAUGUUUGCCGGCUCAGAGCCCAGACUGGAUGAACUCAACUGUACAUCCUGGUCAUACACAUGCCCACUCCCAUCUGCCAUGACCCCCAUGGAGUCCUACCCACCUUAUACCCCUCAUCCUCCCUACAGCUCCAGCCCUCAGGGCUCUCGACUCAGCGCUAUAGCCCACCAGAGCUCUCCGCCGCUGGGAGAACAGAUCGCCCACGACCCCUACCAGAGCCAGAGCUCUGGACCUCCAUCUCAGAGCUCCCAAAAUGUUCACAGCAGGCAGCUCAGCCCUCCUCUUAGAGAGUACCCUCGCUACACGCCCAACCUGUCUCCUCCUCUCUACCACACACUAGAGACUCACACACACAUCAGGUGUGGAGUCCCAGAAUGGAGUGCAGCCUCCUAACUGAACCAGGAUAAACCAGAAAGACUGAUUAGUGGACAGAGAUUCCUCUUCUCAAAUUCAGUGACCCCUCUAUCUGCUCUUCUGAAAGAUGCUGCACCGUAUAUGGACUAAAUGUGAUAUUACCUUUGUAAAAUAAUUGUGAAAAGUGUGAUUUUGUGCUGUAUGAAAAAGUGUCAUCUUUUAUCUUCUGUAAUGUUUCUCCCUCGUGCUGGAUGGAGCAGUGGAUUGUUAAAAACUAGACAUGGACAUGCAUGACGCUUCAGACGUUUAAAAAGAAAAGAGUCUGAGUAGCACAAUCAACGUUGUACUUUGUCGUCUUUCCAUAACUCAAAGACUGGUGUCAUCCAAACAUUUGCACUGUGAGCCCUGUUAAGGCCAGACCGUAAACAGCACUAGGCUGCUUCCCUCUCAAUGGCUCCCACUCUCUACAUUGUGAAGGAUGUACAUUGUGACCCACUGUCAGACAGGCAGUAACAUUUUCUGACCAAAAUAAUCUCAGCUCUCACAGCAGAGCCUGAGGGAGACAUUUUUUAUCUUUAGUGGAGCAAAGCAACGGUCCACGCUCAGUCUCAGUAAAGGAGAAAAGGCUUGUGUUGUCUGUGUGUGCGUGAUUGUCUGUAAAGCCUAUGUCAGCUCAGCUCAAGGAUGCUAUGAGUUAAUUUCCAAUGAGACAGGCAGUAGUAGCCGCAGGCGCUGCACCAUAGAGAUAAACAGUUUGUUUAGACCACGCUACAGGCUGCAGGACCUGUAAACGCUGUUUCUACUGCAUUCUGGGUAAAUGCACAAUUCAGCGUCAUGCAGCUGUCACUGCUGUCCUCUUAGUCAACCCCAGGUGACCAAUCGGCAUUCUCUGUUUACAGAGAGCCAGCCAAUGAGCACACGUCUUUCUUUUAUCCCCAGCUGACCAGUUAGAGCUGGAGUGCAGCAUGCUUUAUGUUGGCCCAUUUUUGUUUGUUUCUGAAUUAUUCAUGAGUCCAAUGUUGAUCGUUGACAUGAGACGAUUGCUCAGCAAACUCAAAGAAACACAGUGCUGUAAAUGUGAUAAUAUUGACGCUCCAACUCGUUUUAAUAUU